AUGGGUGGAAGAGGUGUUCCAGCUCCAAUUUCAAUUGUUGAACUGGAUGACAUUUUAACUCCUAAUCAAAUUAGAGACGAACAAAUUAAGCUAGUGACUCUAGGAGUGCCGGAAAAUUUAGAUGCCAUAAAGUGGCUGGCAAAAAGAAGACUUUUAAGAAAUACGACGGUUUGUCAAGUGUGUCAGGAAGCUACUUUGCUAGAAACCAGCAGGACCAUCGAUGUUCACAAGGUGAAAAAGGGAAAUGGGUAUUUUAAGCAAGAGGAGGAGAAGAAGAAGGAGGUACAAAAUUCAGGAACUACAGAAGAAGUAAGGUGUAGUUUUUGUAAUAAAAGUAAACAUGACUUUAAAAAUUAUAAGUACAGAAAAUUCAUACGUAAAAAUGCAAUAAAAAAGGGCAUAUGUAAAAAAUCAGAAAGAAAUUUUUAUGUUGAAAUAGAAGAGCAACAGUCUCUUGAAAUUUUUAAUUUAAACUCAGUAAAUGUUAAUUAUGUUGAAGCCAAUAUGUGCCCAAUUACAAAUAAAUGGGAAACCUUUUAUAUUAGAAGUCGAUACGGGUGCAGAGUAGAAAACAUUGCUAAAUCCCUAAAAUCCAAUAUUACGCCUCAACCGGACAUGCGAGGAAGGCAUUUAAACAGGCCAAAGAAGAUCCCCGAAAAUGUUGUUAGAACUAUAGACGAUCAUAUAAGUUUUCCCAGACGAUCUUCCGAUUAUAGCAGGGGAAAAAACGAUGGACGAUACUACUUGCCGGCAGAGUUAAAUGCAGAUGAUGAACAAAUGAACCAAUUAAAAUCCUUAAUCAAUGAAGAUAAUUUACCUACGGAAAACGCGUUAGAUCAAGACUUUGUAACUGAAUCAGAAGUUGACUUAGUCGUGAAAAGUUCAGGACUUAUGCCUCCGACAGAACACAUAAUAGCCGAUUCCGAUACAGAAAAUUCUGAACCUAAUAAAAAACGCGAUGACGAUUACAAACGAGAAACAGGAGUGGGAUUCUCAUUGAGUGUUUAUGCGAUUCUCAAAUGA